CACACGCACAAUACGACAGUAGCGGACGUUCCAACUUGUUACUCGAGUACAUCAAGUGUUGAUCAUAUUCAUAUCAGGCACAAGAAUGGAAAACAAAUAUGUGAAAGCCACCAUUCACAGACGAUCUACAAUGGAAGAAGGUGCAUUUGUAUACAACGCUUCUUUCAAGAAUACGUCUUUCACAUCUGCAUCUGACACUAGCAUCAGCCAGUCUUUUAACAUUAAGAAGGUAGCCAUGCACUCAACCAUGUGGCUACUGUCGGUGGCAUUUGCAAGCUUAGUCUUGUACCUCAUGCUCAAGAGCCGCUCUCUGAGACAAAAGCUUCGUUUUUUUCUGCUCACGAGCCUCAUCAUCAGCCAAGUGAUUUUCAAUUCCAUCCAGGUCGUUUUCUACAUACUGCUCCUGUGCCAGUAUCAGCUGUCCCGGGCAAUGUGCGCCGUCUACUUCCUGAUUCUCUUCUCCACCCUAAACAACGAACUCUUCAGCGUGUUGGCGAUGUCGGUGGACAGAUACGUGGCUAUUUGCUGGUCGCUGAGGUACAAUGAAAUCUGCUCGACCGAGAAGUAUUGGAAAAUCAUCGUCGGCGUGGUUGGUUUAUCCAUCGUAUGGCCUGGACUUCGAAUGAUGAACAAUCUACUGCAGAAAAAUUCAUCGGAACUUAAUUCGCCGGUCGUUUGCUCGUUGGAUGUAAUGGACCCCCCUGGGGCAAUGGGAGAUCUGGUAACGGCUCUCAUUUUAGGUCCCAUCGUGAUGGCUAUCCUCAUCAAUUUCGGUUGCUACUGCUGCAUCUAUUUAGAAGGAAAGCGCAGCGGGAACUUAGACAUGGCGAACAAGCGCGCUCGCAAAACCGUCAUGUACCACUUGGUGCAGAUUUCUUUUUUCGUGAUGCCGAUGUUUCUGUACUAUAUCGAAAACGCGUUCUUGAUUAUGACCAGUCCCGUGGUGCAGAACCUCAUGCUGUUUCAAACCGUGGUGUUUGGCGUCGCUCAAGGGCUGAGUCCCAUUGUGUAUGGCUUACGUGCUCGCGAGUUAAGAGAGACACUGCUAAGGGUGUUCUGUACCAAUAGACGCAUUGGGGAGGCCAACAAUUGA